GACUGCCGAAGCGGAUAAGCUCGGCGAGGACGACUCCUUCGGCUCAUUUCGGAGACGGCCAUUAGUAACGGCGUCGAUGACUUUUUAUUAGGUGACAAAAACACAGAGGGGCGUUGUGCGGAACCGCUGCCCCUCAGGACUGAUUUAGGUUCUAGAGCCGAGCUAUUUUUUAAUUAAACCCCGGAGGCGCGGCCGGGUGGAGGAGGAGGAGGAGGGCGCUCGCAGUGCGCGGAGCUGAAUUUCAAAUUACGUAACAGCUGCGGCAGCCAUUGCUGAGGGCCGUGCGCUGCGCCGGGCAGGGACCGCCACCAUGAAGAACAUGAGGGAAAAGGAGCAGUUCCGCAAGCUGUUCAUUGGCGGCUUAAGCUUUGAAACAACAGAGGAAAGCUUGAGGAAUUACUACGAGCAAUGGGGAAAGCUUACAGAUUGCGUGGUAAUGCGGGAUCCUGCAAGCAAAAGAUCAAGGGGAUUUGGUUUUGUAACAUUCUCCUCAAUGGCCGAAGUUGAUGCAGCCAUGGCUGCAAGACCUCACACAAUUGAUGGAAGGGUGGUGGAGCCUAAGAGAGCUGUGGCUAGAGAGGAAUCUGGAAAACCUGGUGCUCAUGUUACUGUGAAAAAACUAUUUGUUGGCGGUAUUAAAGAGGACACUGAGGAGCACCACCUUCGUGACUACUUCGAGGAAUAUGGAAAAAUUGACACUAUUGAAAUCAUUACUGACAGACAGUCUGGUAAAAAGAGAGGGUUUGGAUUUGUUACAUUUGAUGACCAUGAUCCUGUGGAUAAAAUUGUAUUGCAGAAGUAUCACACCAUUAACGGCCACAAUGCAGAAGUAAGGAAAGCCCUCUCUAGACAGGAAAUGCAAGAAGUUCAAAAUUCUAGGAGUGGGAGAGGAGGGAACUUCGGUUUUGGUGAUGCACGUGGAGGUGGUGGCAACUUUGGUCCAGGACCUGGCAGCAAUUUCAGAGGGGGAGCUGAUGGGUAUGGGAGUGGCCGUGGGUUUGGUGAUGGGUAUAAUGGAUAUGGUGGAGGGCCUGGAGGUGGCAACUUCGGUGGCAGUCCUGGUUACGGAGGAGGAAGAGGAGGAUAUGGUGGAGGAGGACCUGGAUAUGGCAACCAGGGUGGGGGCUAUGGAGGUGGCUAUGACAACUAUGGAGGAGGCAAUUAUGGAAGUGGAAACUACAACGACUUUGGAAACUACAACCAGCAGCCUUCUAAUUAUGGUCCAAUGAAGAGUGGAAAUUUUGGUGGCAGCAGGAACAUGGGGGGACCAUAUGGUGGAGGAAACUAUGGUCCCGGUGGCAGUGGAGGAAGUGGUGGAUAUGGAGGGAGAAGCCGUUACUGAGCUUCUGCAAGCUUGCCAUGGAUCUUUUAGAUGCUGCUUCUUCAAUGGCAAGGAAAGGAAAUAUCCCCAGCGAGGUACUCUUCCAGGGACACAGGUCUAGUACAAGAGAACUCUUGAAAACGUCACUAAGUUCAGCCAGUCUUAAAAAGCUGCGCUGUAUUUCUGCAAAGCUUUAACUACAAUAGUUGUAUAAGGAUGCCAACGAAGGCUGAGGGAGUAGAGCAAACUUAGUUCUAAGCUUCAGUUAAACUUCUUUAGGUAAGAUCUUAUUUACUUUUUUCCUUUCUUAAUGUUUCAAAACUGAGAAACUAAUAUUAUGUGACAGUAUUCUUUCAGUAUAGUGAUUGUUGUUAUGUAGUUUAACAUAGCAAUGAAUUGUGUUAACAAUUAUCAACUGAAGAGAAAUAUGUGAAUCCUGUUUUCUUGUAUUAAAUUUUCUACAUACAGAUUUUUGUUAAUUUCAGCUACUUAACAUAUUUUUUUCCUACUGGAAUCUAGCUAUGAUAUGAAUCCUGGACAAGCAUAGACUGCUGCCACUGUACUCUGCUACAGUUGAACAAAUGAGACCUGCAAGUGUCCAUUAGUAAAGCUUUGCAAGGGUUCCAUCCCUGGUGUUGGUAGUUAAAAUGGUAGGUCACAUGUUAAUUAAAUCAUACAACUUUAUUUAUGCAUCCUGCAACAUUUUAUUUUUUCUUGGGAGACUAUGCAUUAUGGUGGUUGCAAGGUAAUGCAAUGAAGGUAGCGCUGUGCUGUUGAAAAUGAACUCUGUUGUUACGUGUCUUGUCUACUGUAAUCUAUAACGCGUUUCAUCCUGAAGGUUCCCAAGUAACUUUAGACUGUUUACGUGUAAGGAAAAAAAAAUGCACCACAGAAUACAUCUGCCUCUGUGAAGGAAUGUGUCGUCCAUUCUUGUAACUGCAUAAGCAGUUCUUUAGGAGGAGAAGUGAAAGCUUCGAAUGAAACUGCAGGUGGUAUUUUAUGAGUGUACAAUGUAAUUACCUAAAUUGGAAUUUGGCUAGAAUCAUGAGGUUUCCACCAUUUUUUAUAGUUCUUGCAGCUAAUAAACCUUAGUGCCAAAUUCAGUCAGCCUUACUCUCAUUGCAUUGAACGUUUGAUCCUCAAAUUAAUGAAAAUUUGCCAAGUAAUGAGUCAUCUGAGUAAGGGUGGCGUACUCUAUAAUCGAUCUGGUUUUUAAACAAAAACCCCCAAAACAUUAAAAAAGAAAAAAAAAAAAAAAGCCCACAUCCUAAUUUCAAAGUUGCAUUGCUUUUGACAGGCUAAUUACUGAAGAACGUGGACUCAGCUAACAACAGUCCUGUUCCUUUUGUGUUAGACACACCAGUGAACUGCUUAUACUUCUUUUUAAAAUGGCUGAAGUUCCCCUAUUGGUAAUUUGGUUUAGACAUAUGUGAUAAACUUCUUCAGAUACACUUUUUUUUUCUUUGGCAGGAAGGUGCCAUGCUGCAGGUAACUAAUGAAGAAGUGGUCAACCACAGAAACGCUUCAAGAAAUAAGAAAUUCUGUAUCAUCAGAAAAUAGUUGUUUUUGCUGCCUUCAUUAAAAACCUAGAGGUUAAAUGAAUACUGAUAAAAUAUCACAAUUAGUACAGCUCCCUGUAAUGCUGGGUUUUUUAAAUGAUAGUAAUAAUUGUCUUGUAAACAUUUCGAAUAAAACUCAGAUUCGUUAGGAGAAACCAAUUACUAAUGUUAAAAUAGCGAACGUUCUGUGAGUUGAAGGUUUAACUACAUAUUUUUAUAACUUUCAUAGCUUUAAAAUAAAGUAUUUUUUUAUACCAAA